AUGUUCUUAUGCACAACAUCGUCGAGAUCGAUUCGGCCGAGUGCUUCUUCGUUGACGUGUGUCGUUUCGCUUCAACGAUCUCUCCACGAUCGAUCAUCUGUGCCGAGAGUUGUCGAUGAUCAUGAAAAGAGUCGCUGGAAGAUGUUAUUAUGCACAACAUCGUCGAGAUCGAUUCGGCCGAGUGCUUCUUCGUUGACUAGUGUCGUUUCGCUUCAACGAUCUCUCCACGAUCGAUCAUCUGUGCCGAGGGUUGUCGAUGAUGAUGAAAAGAGUCGCUGGAAGGCUGGUGACUUGGUAUUAUCAGUUUCGGAGCUUUAC